AUACACACGCACUCUCCCUGUUAGGCAGUGAAGGGCGUGAACAUAACUCCUGACAGAACUCAGUUCCCAUGUAGCCUGGAGAGAUUGAAAGCAGUCCCACCCUCACCCCGCGAGGUCUCACCCUUCCACAGGGACCAAUCGAGGAGGGGGCGAGAUGGCCGACAAGAAAGCAGCCGCAAGGAUGGCACUGUCUCUCAGCCGAGGCUCUGGAUGCCACAGCCCUUUCCGCAGCAUCAAGUUCUUCGUCCUGUGCCAUGGGAUUCUGCAGCUCUCCCAGCUCAUGGUGUCCGGCUACAUGAAGAGCUCAGUGUCCACCAUUGAGAGGCGAUUUGGGCUGACCAGUCAGCUCUCGGGCCUGCUGGCCUCCUUCAACGAGGUGGGCAACACGUUGUUGAUCGUGUUCGUCAGCUACUUCGGGAGCCGCGUGCACCGGCCCCGGCUGAUCGGCUGCGGGGCGGCCCUGGUCAGCCUGGCCGCCCUGCUCCUCGGCCUGCCGCACUUCGUGGCCAAGCCGUACCGCUACGACCGCAGCAUGACCGUGGCCCCGAACAACUCACACGGUGCCCACCUGUGCCCGGAUCAGGAGUCCCUGGAGGCCGCGGGCAACGCCAGCUGCACCCCACACACGGAGGACAGGCAGGGCCUGAUCCUGGCCUGCAUGUUCCUGGGCCAGGCCCUGCUUGGCAUCGGCACCGUCCCCAUCCAGCCUUUCGGCAUCUCCUACAUUGACGAUUUUGCCCGCUCCAACGACUCCCCGCUCUUCCUAGGCUUCCUUUACGCUGCCACUUUCCUCGGCCCGGCCGUGGCCUACACGCUGGGCGCCUUCAUGCUCAGCUUCUACGUGGACAUCGACCGGAUGCCUCCAGAGGGGGUCGACCUGACCCUGACUGAUCCUCGCUGGGUGGGCGCCUGGUGGCUCGGAUUCCUGAUCUCAGCCUCAAUCGUGGCCCUGUCCGCCAUCCCGUAUUUCUUCUUCCCUCGGGAGAUGCCUCAGGAGGAGCCUGCGGGGGGCCCCCGCCCAUCACCCUGGCUGAUCAAUGGGGAUGCCAAAAUUGAUUCAAAGCAGGACCUGAUGGAAACAUCCUCCAAGCAGAACCCCAGUGGCAACCUCAGUGUAGUCCAGUUCAUCAAGGUCUUUCCGGAGGUUUUGUUGAGAAUCCUGCGACACCCCAUUUUCCUCCUGGUGGUCCUGGGACAGGUGUGCCUGUCAGCCACGGUGGCCGGGGUUGGGACUUUCCUGCCCAAGUUCCUGGAGCGCCAGUUCUCCAUCUCCGCCUCGUUGGCCAACAUGUUCAUUGGCGGCCUCAGCAUCCCCAGUGCCGUGGUGGGCAUCGUGGCAGGAGGAGCCUUGGUGAAAGGACUGCGGCUGAACCUGAAACAGUGCGGGGCCUUGGGCGUUGCGGGCUCGCUGUUCUGCGUCCUCGCCAGUGUCCCACUCUUCUUCCUGGGCUGCUCCACCAACCCUGUGGCGGACCUCGGCUUUGGGGCGAGCAGCCAGCUGAGGGCCUGCAGGAGGCCCUGCGAAUGCCCCCCGGACAUCUUCGACCCCAUCUGCGGCCAAGACGGCAUCGAGUACCUCUCGCCGUGUCAGGCGGGCUGCCGCUUCGUGAACCUGGAUGACAAUCAGAAAGUGGUCAAUUACACCCAGUGCAGCUGUAUUUGGCCGGAAGAAAGGGGCGGCUCUGCCCUCCCCGGGUCCUGCGGAUCCCCCUGCCGCCAUCUCCUGCUGCCGUUCAUCGUCCUGGCCAGCCUUGGUGGUGCCGUGGCCAGCGUCACCCACACGCCAUCCCUCAUGCUCAUUCUCAGAACUGUGAACCGGGAGGAGAAAUCCUUUGCCAUCGGGAUCCAGUUUCUCCUGCUGAGGCUACUAGCCUGGAUGCCCAGCCCGGUGAUCCAUGGAAGCGCCAUCGACACCACCUGUGUCCGCUGGGGCUGGAAGUGCGGCCAGAGGGCCAGCUGCCGGUACUAUGACCACGACCUCUUCCGCCACAGGUUCAUGGGCAUCCAGAUGUUCUUCAAGGUUGGCGCUUUCCUGUCCUUCCUGUUGGUGUACUUCAUCCUACGAAGACAGGAGGAUGGCACAGUCCAGGUCCCGCAGACCGGCCUCGGAUCCAAGCAGGAGCCGCUGACCCCCAUCUCCCAGAAGGGGCUGUUGGAAUCCCACGCGUGAUAGAGGGGUCAGCGGGCAUCCCCGGGCAGACCCCCAAGCAGUGGGGCUAGGUGCCCUGGACCUGCCCGGGACAGACCUCGCCAACAUAGGGCUCACACCAAGAUUUUACGCCUCCCCUCACAUGCCUUGCCCAACCACCAGUGGGGAGAAGGAAGACGGACCCUCGAGGGGAGCGGACUGGCUGUAUGGCCUCCCCAGACAGAGCCUCCUUCCCACCCCCACGCCCACCCCCAGCCCUGGUUGCACACCAGAAAUACCCUCCAGGGGCAAGGUCUGUGCUUUGAGAAGCAGCGUGGCUCAGUGGAAAGAGCACGGGCUUUGGAGUCAGAGGUCACGGGUUCAAAUCCUGGC